AUGGAGCAAGUGAACGAGGGCGAGCAACAGCAACGAGAACAGCUCGAAAUGCGCCAUCAGCAACAUCUCACAGAGAUAAGGGAGAGAAGUCAGGCGAUGAGACAGUUGGACCAUGAUAUCAGUGAUGUAACGCAGAUAAUGAAAGAUUUGGCGAGAAUUGUGCAUGAUCAGGGCGAAUUCGUGGACAGCAUUGAGGCAAAUGUGGAACAUUCAACCAUCCAAGUACAUCAGGGUGCAAUAGAUGUGCACCGAGCAGUAGUCUAUCAGCAGAAAGCGCGACAGAAGAAACUCAUUUUACUUGCUUUCUUCAUCACUCUGAUUGUCAUCCUCAUUCUGGUCGCCUAUUUCUUCAGCAACGUGCAUGGCCUCCACUGGCAGCAGCGGUUGAAGGAAUGGCUUGGAAAUGGGCCGUUUGUGUAUGGCAGUCGUAUUUCAUCAGUUGAUGCGACUUGCCCCAAACAAGCUGCUUGCACGGUCGAGAAAAUGGAACGAAGGUUUGGACUUAGCUGGUCGAAAUUGCGUGUUGGACUUAGCUGGUCACAACUGGGCGAAGCCAUCACGAAGAAAAAGUCAGCAAUGAUUGUGGUGCUAUAA